UAACUUCCAGUUUCGGGAUGCACCACCGACCGUCGUACAGCAGUGCUUUUACAAUCGACUCUCUAAUGGCUCCGCAGCCGCGGCUCUCUGCCCCGCUGUUAUACAGUGGGUAUAUGUUUCUGCCACCGGUUACAGACCCAGCUACGGCUGCCCACGCUUUCACGUCGUCAUCGGCGGCCAGUUUACCCGGUAUGACGUCGACGAUGUCACUCGAUCCACGAGCGUCCAGCGCCGCAGCGGCUGCAGCAGCUGUUAUUGGUCAUACAGGUUUUAUGAGUAGAUCUUCACCUUCGUCGAUUUCUCUUCUGGGGCCGUCUAAUCCCUCAUUAGCGACGACCCCGAGCGGACAAACCAUAACCCCACAUACUCCGUCUAUGUUGACAAUGAAUCAUACUGGGACGGGAAAUUUAACCAACGGUCCUCAUCCGGCCCUGACAUCAGGCCCUAUCUCGAUAACAUCAGCAUCAUCAUCACCACCAUCAGCUAUAGUACGACCCCAGCACACCAGUACUUUCACGUUGACCCCUAAUUCUGUCUCAGAUACAUCGCCUACUCUUCAUUUAUCUACAUCGAACAUGAAAUCAUCUUCAUUGUCGUCGUCAUCGACUUGCUCGUUAUCGGACACAUUAACUAAUUUCUCUGCACCCACAACGCUGACCACGGCCAACUCAAGUCCCCUCGGCCAUCUGGUCAACCUACAUGCGCAUCAGCGCCCAACUCAACCCCCUUCCUCUCACCACUGUCGGCACAACAGCCUUCAAUCACAUCAAACGGAACGCGAGGAGACUUCCUCGAGCCCUCUAUCGGACUACAGACAACAUUCCCCUAACAAAGAUAACGGCUGUAUUAGAUUGACGUCCAGCGAUGGCGGAGCAGACAGCGAUGUCAGUGAUACAGGUAUGUCAUCACGACAGUCGUUGUCACCGGACUCUGAUACUAAAAUAGGCGGCAAAACAUCAGAAGAUUACAUGAAUGGUGGCGGUGCAGGUUCGAACAAAACCCGACGACGGCGCACAGCAUUUACGAGUGAGCAAUUACUUGAACUCGAAAAAGAAUUUCACAGUAAGAAAUAUUUGUCCCUAACAGAACGUUCACAGAUUGCACAUAAUUUGAAGCUCAGUGAAGUCCAGGUGAAAAUUUGGUUUCAAAACCGACGGGCCAAAUGGAAAAGAGUAAAAGCUGGUAUUAUACACGGACGCCAUGGUGGUGAUCCGAACAGCAAACCUAAGAUUAUUGUCCCUAUACCUGUCCAUGUUAACAGGAUGGCCAUCCGGACACAACAUCAGCAACUGGAGAAGUCAGCGAUUCGACCGUUGUAGUGAGGGUGGGAUUUUCUUUCCCUCGGGGUCUAACUUUCCAUCAACUCCUCCAUUACAACUUUCAUCCUCUCUACUACCACCAACACAACCGCCUCAACGAACAACACCACCACAACUACCAGUACCACUACGACCACUACUACUACCACCAUCAUCGCUAUCAUUAACCUCAGCCUUAGUUCUAACAGCAACAUCACUAACAACAAUUAUACAACUCCUACCGCCAAUGCCAUCAUCAGCACCACCAUCAUUACAACCAUCAACGCCAAUAACAACAAUACCAACAACAUACCACGAAUCUAACCACCACCAUCCACCACCAUCCACCACCAUCCACCACCACCAUCGUCAUCGUCCUCAUCAGCAUCAACACCAUCGUCAACAACAACAACAGCAACAACAACAACUAUAGUAUCCUCAGUAUAACCUAAAUCAGCAGCAUCAUAGCAAUGUCAUAAACUGCCACAUUCAAGCCACUAUGUGAUCGAACCAUCUACUAGAAAUAGCAGCCAAAUUACCGUCUACCCCCCUCCCCACCAAUGAAGAAUACACAUUGAAAAAUUAGUUUUAGAUACACUGUGUCUGAAAGAACACUUUUGAUCAUAUGUCGGCUCAAUCAAGACAAACCAGGGACUAAAUAACAGCAAAAACAGCAACUAUUACUACUACUACUACUACUACUACUACUACUACUACUACUACUACUACUACUAGUACUACUACUACUACUAGAGAAGACCAAGAGCUACAACGACAAUAACAGUAUCUGCAGUAGCAUGAACAGCAAUAACGAAAAACCGACGAAGAAAUUCUCAGGUUGUAUGAUCUGCUAGAUAUAGCAGUCAAAUUUCUGUCAAAUCUCACCUUAAAAAUUGGAAGGAUACAUUAUAUAAUGUAGUUGUACAUGACUAUUACAUCACAAAACGAUAUUUGAUGGUCAUGGCCCGAACGUCUUUGGUUAUAGGUCAAGUGGAUCAGGUCUGACCAAGGGCUAAUUAGCCAAAACAAAAACUAAAACAACACUAAAAUCUUAACUACAACGGCUAUAAAUAUUUCAAAACUAUUCUUAGUGAACUUGUUUCGGUUCCCAGUUGUGGGGAUUUCACUUCACUUACUACUUCAGUAAUAUGACAAGAUAUAUUCCUUCAACAUAAUAUUGAUCUCACGGUUUAAGAUGUGUUGGCCCUGGCUUUUUAGAAUUCUUAAAUACAGCUAGAAAAGCGAAAGGAUACCGGAAGCUCACCUCUGUGUUAUGGUAUGCAUCAUAAAACUAAUAAGUUUACAGCAAACAGCUGUACAUACAACAAUUUGCCGAUAUAUACGCAAGACAUUUAUACAGCUGCAUAGACGAGGAAACUUACGACUGUGCAUUCUAUCUUUAAGAAUGGUUUUUGUAGAGCCGGAUUCAGUGGAUAUAUGUACCCCUGCGUUGCACACAAAUAUAUUCUUUACCUUUGUGAACUUGUUGUUACUUUAACAGCAGCAAAUCCCUCGACCAUAUCUACUUUGUUAAGAACACGUUAACUAAGUCGUCUGCCUCUAUUUCCAAUCAUCUCAGACAUUUCUGGAAUAGAACGCUUUCUUUCAGACUGUUCCGUCACAGAGCUCACCUCGACACGCAUUCUGUUAACCGAAAAGUUGUCUCAGUGUUCUGUAAUAUCUUUCACACUUUUUUACUGUUUUUCAGUGAUCUGUUCAUUCUUACCUCUAAACUACGUACAAUAUUAUGCACAUGACGAUGGCAUAUCUCUCGGUAGCCAUUUGCGUAUCCACGUUAUUUACGUGCAACUUAGAAGCUUGACAGAUAACUCGAAAACAUUCUGCAAUGGAGGUAUAACAACAAAAAUACUCUAAUUCAAAUAAAUAAUCUAAAAUACAUUCACUGUACAUGAAAAUAUUUCCAAUAUUACAUCUCUAAUCACCAAGUGCAAACCUAAAUCUCAGUCCUCACAUUUUCAUGGCGACCAUAUAUUUAUCAACUAUACAGACGUCACUGUUGCUCAAAGGUUAGUCUUUUUCUUCUUCAGAGCUAAAAAACAAAACAAAACAAAAAUGUAUUUCAGUUCUGAGUAAUGUUGACUGUCAAGAAAUAACAUGUGUGGUCCAUAUCUGAGUAUUGUUUACAUAUCUGAGAGAGAACAUUUGCUAUAUUCAAAGAUAUCAAUUAUAGACCACAUCUUACAUCCUCACCACAGGAAAAACCUCACUCACCACCAACAUUGUACCACUACUCGCCCCCGACCAGCAUGUAUAUAUUCUCUAUAUCCCUUCUAUCCUUUAUACAACAGUUCUUGCUUCUCCGAUUAGCAAUUAUGUUUGCCAUUCACACACAAGACCAUUCGAUGCUUUUUUUCUCCUCUAGUCGUACCUACUGUGUCUCCCUAUGUACUCAAACUUGUACUAAAUACUUCACUAAAUUCCACAUUCCUCGUUCAUUACACGUCCAAAUUUUCUCAUUUUUUUUCUCCAUUCAAACCUGAGCUUGCAAAAUUUCACGUUUAACAAAAAAACCGCAUCGACCUCACUCGUCCGGGAGGGCUUGACUCGCAAAAGACUUUUGGCAUUACUUAACCUCCUUGGACCCUAAAACAAAAAACAUAUCAAUAUUUCUAUAUACACUAAACACAACAGAAGUGUGAAUCCUCACAGACAUGCAUGAAAAUAUACAGAAACAAUAUAUGUAUAUGCACAUACACACAAAUACACACAUGUUCUAAAUAAGAGGAAAUAAAACGAAAUUUUGCGAAAAAUUUCUUCAACAGUUCUGUCAAAACUACUACCUUCCAGCGAAGCACCCAUACCAUUCACCGACCAUUUUACUAAUGAACCAGAGAAAUUAAUUAUUUAAAAAGUAUAUAUGAACGAUUUAAAUUCAUAAAAUAAACGAAAUAGCUGAAGAGAUAAACACUCGAGUGAAAACUGUACAGGUAGAUGCAUUAUUAUAUUGGUUUAACUAGAUCCCAACAAGAAUCGAAACUGCACCUCUGUAACAUGGAAUCAUCUACUCGCGUAUUACCGCAUGCAUUCAGGGAAUCGAAACAGCUUCUUGGAUACGGUUGACUGCAUUUUCUACGCACACUCGUGCACAAACAUGCACACAUACACAUAUACAUACACAAACAGAUUUCACACAUAGAUCUCACACAUAUAUUCAUACACACCAUAAUCGUUUACUGACUAGUUUCACACGAUCUAAUUAUACCUCGUGACUUCUAUUUUAAAAUGUUUGUAAAUAAUUAUAAUUACUAUUUUUGUUUUGUUUAAUUUUUUUUCUUUAUUAUUUAUUUUCCCUAACUUCAUAUUAAACUAUUACAACAUUA